CCGGCUCCCGGAGUCGGAAAGUGACUGCCCGCCGUGCCCGCGUCUCAGUAGCCCCUAACCCCGGGUCGUGGUCCGCGCGCCGGAUCUGCUGUCGCCGCGGGCCGGCGUCACCCCGCCGCUCCCUGCCCCUCUGGCCCCGGAGUGAGCCCGGCCUCCCCGCCAGGAGAGAAAAAAUGCCUAAAAAAAAGACUGGUGCGAGGAAGAAGGCAGAGAACCGCCGGGAACGUGAAAAACAGCUGCGAGCAUCAAGAAGCACCAUAGAUUUAGCUAAACACCCAUGCAAUGCUUCAAUGGAAUGUGACAAGUGUCAGAGGCGGCAGAAGAAUAGAGCAUUUUGCUAUUUUUGUAAUUCUGUACAGAAGUUACCAAUUUGUGCACAAUGUGGGAAAACAAAGUGCAUGAUGAAGUCUUCAGACUGUGUCAUAAAGCAUGCUGGUGUAUACAGUACUGGCCUUGCAAUGGUGGGUGCAAUAUGUGACUUCUGUGAAGCUUGGGUUUGUCAUGGUCGGAAGUGUCUCAGCACACAUGCCUGUGCCUGCCCUCUUACCGAUGCAGAGUGUGUGGAAUGUGAACGAGGUGUCUGGGACCAUGGAGGCAGAAUAUUCAGUUGUUCUUUUUGCCAAAACUUUCUCUGUGAAGAUGAUCAAUUUGAACAUCAAGCCAGCUGUCAGGUUUUAGAAGCAGAAACAUUUAAAUGUGUUUCGUGCAAUCGGCUCGGUCAGCAUUCUUGUCUCCGUUGUAAGGCCUGUUUCUGUGAUGAUCAUUCAAGGAGCAAGGUGUUUAAACAAGAAAAAGGAAAACAGCCUCCUUGCCCUAAAUGUGGACAUGAAACUCAGGAAACUAAGGAUCUUAGCAUGUCAACACGCUCCCUGAAAUUUGGCAGGCAGACUGGAAGUGAAGAGGGAGAUGGAGCUUCUGGGUAUGAUGCUUAUUGGAAGAACCUUUCAUCUGAUAAGUAUGGUGAUACCAGCUACCACGACGAUGAGGAGGAGUCUGAAGCAGAGGAUGAUGAAGAAGAAGACGACGAAGGUGGAAAGGAUUCAGAUGUUGAGUCAUCAGAAUUGUUUACUAAUUUAAAUUUAGGAAGGACCUAUGCCAGUGGCUAUGCUCACUAUGAAGAACAAGAGGACUAGGGGAACUGCUUGCCCAUUGGUGACCUUGUCUGAGAGGAGCAGGAAAGUGUGUGCUUGAUGAAGCGCGUGUGGGUGUUCAGAAGUACUGUCACUUAGCCUUGUGCAAAAGACUAGUCACACAUACUGGGCAAGGGGUAGGGUAUAGCAUUUCUCUAGGAACUGAGAAGCAAGCUUAUGGCAUAAGAAAAAUGAUUUUCAAAUGUAAGAUGUUCAUUGAUACAAGGAAUUAAGCAUCAUGGAUUGGAUUAUUACUGAUUUCAGUAACCUGGUAGGUUUUGCCAGUUAGAUACAUAUAUAGGAUAAAGGAAUAAUUGGAGGGUAAUAUAUUUGAAAUUAAAUUGCUGUUUUUAUGAAUAACACUGCUAAUAAAUACAUUCUGUCUGAUUUUGUAAAAUGUAAUGGGUAAAUAGAGUUAUUGUAUUUUUCCUUGUAUGUCCAUAGGAUACAAGUCAGAUGUCUAUACUAAAUUUUCAUUAAAUCUUCAUAUCAUCUUAUAUAGUCAUGAUAUGUGUACUUUAGCAACUGAUUUUUCACAGUGUACAUCCUGAAUAGUACCCAUUAAUACCUAAGUGUAUAGACAAAGGUGACUACAAGCCAUUUUUCAGACACAGAAUCAGAAAUAGUAUUACACAGAUGCUUUAUUCAGGAAAUUUAAUUUCUGUUUGAAUAAAUCUAGUAUUACAGUUA